GAGCCGGCUGCCUGUCUCUGCGUGACCGCGGCAGGUUGGUCCUGGAGCAGAUGAGCGCAGAAUAUUUAGGCGAAAGCGCCAGGAGGGGGGUUGCGCGGGGAAGGAGGAAUACCUCGGCCAAGAAAAUUAUGCAUGCGUUAGGGAAGCUCUGAGAGAAUGGCUGUGGAAGCUCUCCACUGCGGUUUGAAUCCACGGGGGAUUGAUCAUCCUGCUCAUGCUGAAGGCAUUAAGCUGCAAAUUGAAGGUGAAAGUGUUGAGUCUCAACCGAUUAAAAACAAACAUUUCCAGAAGGUGCUUGACCAAAAAGGAUCCCCUAAGCGACUGCAGGCAGAAGCUGAGACGGCUAAGGCGCCAAGAGCUUGCCGGGCUGGGUUCCCACUGCAUCUGUGUAAUGCAUUCCUUCUGUCCCACCCCCUGUUGCAGAUCUGCCGAGUCAUCUACGGUGAAGCUGUCAAAACCAGUGGCUCUGUGGACUCAGCAGGAUGUCUGCAAGUGGUUGAAGAAACAUUGUCCGAAUCAGUACCAGAUCUACAGCGAGUCAUUCAAACAGCAUGACAUAACUGGGCGAGCUUUGCUGAGACUUACUGACAAAAAGCUUGAGCGAAUGGGGAUUGCCCAGGAAAACCUCCGGCAGCACAUCUUGCAACAGGUGCUCCAGCUGAAGGUGCGGGAAGAAGUCAGAAAUCUGCAGUUACUCACACAAGCCUCACUUGAGGGUUCUCCAUAAACAUGGUGAGCCUUCCAAGCUACUGUCCUGCCAGUGGAUACGAACAUGACCUGCUCCUCCCAGAAAGACUAACUCAUGGCCCUGCCAGACGAUCCCUUUGGAGCAUUGACAGAUGAACUGGAUUAACUAGGGGGAAGCACCCACUCAGUCAAGUGGAUGGGCUUUGGGAAAUCUUAGCUUGCUGUGGAUUUGAAAAAGAGGUGCAGAAUAUGCAGUGCCGACUCAUUGCAAGCGGUCAUCGGCAGAAGACUGACUGGAAAAUCGCUUCCAGUUUUUUAUCACUGUGCAUCCUCCGGCACCCUUUGGGGAGCUGUCUGUACCCCUUCCUGGAAGUCCUGUUUCCGCAUGGCAACCACUGGAUUCUCUUACUGUGUGCACAGAUGGCAUGAUGUGUUAGACAACAGAUACAGCAGUUUUGCAAUCUCAGUGGAGGUGUUUACCAUAGUAUGCCCUGGUAGGAAUGUCCACAUGUCUCCAUCGUUGUUAGUUUUGACAUCUAGAAGUAGUCUGUUCGACUCUUAAGCACUUUAUCGGAGAUACGAAUCAGCACGUUCAGUACCUGUGAGGAAAACAAGUGUUUUCUUUUCCUUUAUAAAUCUUAUUUCUGGCGCAGACUGUCUAAGACAAAGUCCACUCCUAGCAUAUCCCCAGUUGUUUAUGGUAGAUCGGUGUAAAUAUGGCCAUGAUACUGUUAGACUUAACCUCUUGACCCUUUCCUGAACAACUGGAUCCCACAAAGAGGUAAAAGUGGGCUGAUUGUAAUACCUUAGCUCCUGGUUCCUUGCACUGAGGCACAACUUAACCGCUUGCACAUACAACCACUGAAACACAGGAGGCUUCUUCUUGGCCAGUGUGCAUGCUCUCUCAGACUAUGGAAGAGUUCUUUCAAACCAAAAGCAGGGAAAUGGGCCUUCUUUUAAUCGAAGACCAUGCUGGGCUGGUGUUAAGGGCAGCAGAAUGCAGUUUGCCAGUGGUCUGACUUCAAAACCAUGGAAGACUUUCUAGGUCAAGUUCAAAUCAUAGCUCUCUGGGGAGAACAACCAGCAAGGGACUCCUGAGUGCCUAAAGAAGGAAAAAGGUCCAAUGUCAUGCGAGGUUUCCUCCUCAAUAGAGAACCUGCUAGUUCCUGUUAAUUCUUUCUGGUAUAAACCCACAACUAGUUGUUGUUGUUUUUACUGUCUUACAACAAAGCACAGUCCUGGGGAAAAGGUCAAUCCAGUUAUUGCUUAUCUUUAAGCAUUAGAAAAUUAUCCAAUUAAUUGACCCUACAGAAUGCUUUAGCAUUUUUCCCCCCUGAAAAUAUAAAUGUGGCUGAAUAAAAAUCUCAGCAAAGCAUGUUCUGUGUGCCCAUGGCCUCAGCCUGGGACUGACAGACAUGGAAUAACUUUCUAUAAAAUACAUGUAACAACUCUGGGACCCUUCCAGCACAAGCAAGCUUUGCCUUUUAGGGAGUCACCAGACACACUUUCCCACAUUUUGCUUCCCCUGGGGGUCUCAGGAAAACACAGCCCACUGGAAAAAAGGGCUUACCCUGAGAUUUGGAAACCUGACAGGAAAGGGCAGAGAGUUGCAAAGGUGAUUGGGGUGAAUCACCCAAUAGGGUGACUCACCUGUCAGGUUGUGGUGCCAAAGAAGAGGACUUCCAAGAGGGAACUCAGAGGACAGAUACCCCCAAGAUCUGACUCUUCAACAUGUUAGAAACAUGACUGUCAGGCCCCUCACAGACCACAAUUCUUUACAAACCCUGCUGUCAACUCGUCCGGACAUAGCAUGCCAAUGUCGACUGCCCAUCUCCUCAGUUUCAAGUCCAAGAGCAUGGUUUUCUCCUUCUGUCAUUCUUCCCUUUAUUUAGCAAGCAUUUGCUAAGCACCUACUAUGUGCCAAACAUUGUGCUGGGGCAGCAACAGUGUACAAGGCAGAGUCUUUCCAACUUUAGAAAGACUCCUUCUCCCAAACACUCUCCCCACCCUAUCUUUCUCAUAGUGACAACAGCAUUGGGACAGCAUUCACCCCCUGCCAGAGGAAGCUGGGAAAAUGCCUGCAAAAGGGGGCAGAGGAGGAAAGCUGGACAUGCUUGAUAGUGCAGAUGUUCAUAAAGAUGGUGGUUCAUCUUCAUCCUUACUUACUCUGGCUUUUCUAAAUAUGUUCUGGACAAUUAAAUAAGUUGAGUUUCCUAGCUUUUCUUUAGUUAAAAGAGUACUGGAAAAAUGGUGGUGAGUGAAGUUGGAGCUAGGAAAGACUAAGAAGAAGAAAACAAUGAAAGAGCCCAAUUGAAGAUGGCUUCUCUAAAAAUGCCUUAAUUCCUGGCAAGUACCACAUAUUUGCAGAUGAACUAUAACUGUUUACCAAACUGUCCACCUCUGUUUGAAAUCACUUUGGGGGAUGCUUUUGAAAACAUGGGACCAUCAAAUCUGAGCUGUCACCAGCUGAGCCAGCAAAAUGGAGCAAUGAUGCCAUUCCUAGGGCCCGGGAUUCUUUGUUAUGUGCUGAGGCAGUUUCCCAGGGUUCCUUUUUGCUGUGCUGUACCUUUUUCCUAAGUUGCAUAUGGGGAAUCCGACCUCCAGAAGGUCAGAAAUGGCUGGGGUGAAUUUUGUUAAGUAGGAAGCAGGAGACAGGGAGGUGUGGAAAAAUAUGUUGCUGUCCCAAAGCUCCAAGAAUUGUGAACUAUUGAUGUCUAACUUUCUCCUUAAACCUGUGCUACCCCUUUUAUGAAAAGGCUGACACUCAGUAUGUACAAAAAGCACUCUUAGGAAUGAACAGAAAUUAAUAAUUACAAGACUCCCCUGGGUGCCACGGGGAUUAACUUUUUCCAACUCCAGAACUGAAUUUAAAUAUGCAGAACAUCCAUCUAAAAAGCAAUCGCUUUGGUAAUUUACGACAGACCUAGCAGGGUAGAGACCCCAAGAGCUUUCUUUGUGGGUAACGAUGCAUCUUCUCAUCUUCAAAUCCUGCUCAGGCUCUGUGAGGUGUGUUACCACACACCUAAUGCUACCUCCAAAAUAUGGGUAAACAGCACACAGGUCUCUGCAGAAUCACUUCCAAGUUGCUCACACAAAGGCGGGGAGACCUUAGUUCUAAGCAAAUUCUGCUAUUUUUAACAUUCACGGGGAAAAGGAAUAUGAGAUGAGAACAUAAACUCAGGAUAAACUCAGAUGGGUUUACCCCCUCAUUACUUGCCAAUGCUCUAUUUGUCUGCAAACAUCACCCAAUUGAUUUUGGGUAGGAACACUAGAAGUCUCGAGGAAGAAAGAUUUUUGAGACCCCCUCCCCAUCCCCCAGCACUUUAGUUUCACCAAAACCUCCUUUUCCCAGAACAUUAGCAGCUCCAUCCUUUGAGGUGUUUUUCUCUACAUUCUUUAGGGCAAUUUUGUUACUUGUCACCUAGACUUAAAGCUGCAAUAGUCUCUUUUGUUUUUAUCCACCUUUCCCACGGCCCCCUCCAUCCCACUUUUUUGCUUUGUUUUGUGAUUCUGUUUUAAUUUCUACUUUUGACAUUGUUCUGUGGGUAUUCUAUAAAGAACUCAAACAGAAAAACAUAGUCAUCCCUCCACAUGUCCCCCACCUGGCCCAGGACAGACUAGUAAUUCCUUCGUAAGCUUGAUCUUGGUGAAAUCUUGCUGCCCAAACACCAGCGGGACAUACCUUCUCAUCUUCAAGGGAUGGCUGGUCAUUGCUACUAAUUAAAAAGAGGCCCUCCCUGGCCAGUGUUGCUCAGUUGUUUGGGCAUCAUUCCAUGCACCAAGAGAUUGCUGCUUGGAUUACCAGUCAGGGCACAUGCCCCAAUUUUAGGCUUAAUCCCUGGUAGAGGAUGUACAGGAGACAAAUGAUCAAUGUUUCACUCCCAUAUUGAUGUUUCUCUCUCUCCCUCUCCCUCUCUCACUA